GAAAAUUUGUUUAUGCAACAAUCAUUUUAUCAAAACUUGAGUGAAGUCAUCACCUUUUCGCAGCAAUGGUUCAGAUCACCGAAGAAUUGGUGCGCAAGAAAUCCGAACAUAAUGAAUGCCUCAUCAGCACACUGGAAGAACUGUCGCUGCAUCAGGAAGACAUUGAGCGCAUCGAGCAUUUGCAGAAUUGGUGUCGCGAUCUGAAGAUUUUGCUGCUACAAUCGAACCUCAUUGGCAAAAUAGAGAAUCUGCACAAAUUGAAGAAACUAGAAUACCUAAACUUGGCCAUCAAUAAUAUAGAACGUGUCGAAAAUCUCGAGGCACUCGAGGCGCUCAACAAAUUAGAUUUAACUUUGAAUUUCAUUGGUGAGCUCACAUCGAUCGAGUGCCUGAAGGGCAACUACAAUCUACGCGAGCUCAUACUCACUGGCAAUCCGUGUUGUGACUACCCACAUUAUAGAGAUUACGUGAUGGCCACGCUGCCGCAAUUGAAUCGAUUGGAUUGUGAGGAGAUCAAAAUCUCCGAAAAGUUGCAGGCGCAAAAGUCCCUCUCCGUCUAUCGUGCUGUUAUUAUACAGAAGCAAGCUGAUUACUUCAUACAACGGGACGAGCAAAAAUUGCGUGUUGCUGAGAAGAAAGCGCAAUUGGAGAGCGAAAUGGCGCAAAUCGACGAUGAAGACAGUCGUUUGAAAAAGUUUUGGGACACCAAAAGUGAGCAUUGCCCCGAGACACGCAUGGAUAUUGCCAAAUAUCAUAAAUUGGGACGAGAGAAGAAUAAGGCGGCGGAGCAGGAAAAGCCAGUGCGUCGUACAGUAACACUCUUUGCGCCCUGCGGCCGUCCCUACAAUCUUAAUCAACCGAAAUUGCCUUUUAAUUUGAAGGACGAAUGCAAUGAGUACAUACUGGAGCUCGGGGUUUACAAAUAUUUGGACACAUCACAGAUACAAGUGGAUGUCGAGUCGAAUUAUGUGCGGGUUUCAGUGAAAGGGAAAAUUUUCCAAAUGUCAUUCUCUGAGGAGAUUAAUAUAACCGAGGCAAGCGUCAAGCGUUCGCAGAUAACUGGCUAUUUGCUAGUAACCAUGCCGAAGUUGCACGCCAGAGAGAUACUCAGACUGCGACCAAAAAAAUCAGAUUAUAAGAUCGUUAAUCCAAAGCCUCAGGAAAAGAAUGGCAAAAUGGAAUUGAAGGCAGCCGUGGAUAUAGAAAAUAUUUGCAGCACUGAACAUGCAGACCUUCCCGAGCUCAUCGAUUGAACUAUACAUUACCCUCGCACAUAGUAAAUAAAAACGGUUUAAUAUAUAUUUUUUUAAAUAAA